AUGCUUUGUUACUCAACAGCUGUGCUUUUUCUUCUUGUAAUACUUACGUUAUUAUCAGUUAAUGGAGAAUAUUCAAUAGGUGAUAAAACAAACCAUUUAAAGAAGUGGCUUGAAACAAAUCGUAAUUCUUUCCCACAACCUAUAACCGAUGAUUUAAUCUCGUCUAUAUCCGGCAACAGUGAUAUCGCUACAGCUAUAUUCAAAAUAUUUGGCUUUGGUUCAGAACCGAAAAUUUCAGAAGCAAAAUUCACGGAAACAACCGGUUCACCUACCAGUUCACGUAAUGGAAUUAAAGUUGCUGACAGAGAAGUCUGUCCUUUCGAUGCCGAUCCACUGAUUUUAUCUGGAGAAUAUAGCUACUGCAAACCAACAACAGUUGGAGAAUGUCCAUCUGGUUUUGUUUGCGAUUUUAGCCUCGUACUUGGCCGGUCAAUAUGCUGCCAAGAUAUGCGCAAUGAACCAAUUAUUAAUAUAAGAGUGAAGCCACCGACAACAACACACUCAUCGAGAAUGGAAAGGAUCAGGACUCGUGAACAUACCUGGUCAACUACAGUUGCCAAUCGUCGGUCACCUUGGUACAUCAGGAAUAGAAGACCACUGUACAGAACUUCGUGGAAUGGAACUGCGCAUAGCUUUGUGCCUUCCAGGACGAUGACUGCGUCUACGACACUGAUACCUAGGAGCCAUGAAUUACCCUCAACAGAACCUGCAGGUACCGGUAGCGAAGAGGUCUCAAUUGAGGGAUAUAUCAGUCCUGCUGACAAAAUGAAUCUUAUUGAACAACAAGAAAUUCCACAUCGCAAUAUAUCUGAAUUUGGCAUAAUUUCAAUGAAAUCAGCUCAAACAACAUUUUUACCAUCACUGACCUCCUCGGCAUCUACCGUCCACCCAGCAUCUGUAUCUUUAAUUCAAAUUGGUAAUAUUAAGAGAUUGACUGAUAAGGAAAUGCUCAUUGUUGGUACAAUUACACUUAUUAAUGAUCAAGGUUAUCGAAUACUAGUGGAUACCGGAUCUGCUGCUGAUACCGAAUCACUCCUGCAAGGUCUUUCGAAAGAAAUGAUUUCCAUGAAUGAAAUUGCUGUAAUUGUAAUAACAAGUGGAGAUCCGAGUCACACAGGUAACCUUAAUCUUUUCCCGCUGAAACCAACACUUUUUCACACGACGGAAUAUGUGGAACAGCGUGCUACUGUCAGCGAACUUAAAGAUAGGCCUUAUCGUAAACUGACGGAAAAUGUAGAAGUUUGGAAAACUCCUGGUUCUACGCAACAGAGCCUCAGUGUAUUGGUUUACAAUGUUGAGGGAUAUGGAACGAUGGCUGUUGUUGGUGAUUUGAUACCGACAGAGGAUUAUGUUUUCAACAGGACGAAUUCAAAUGUAGACCUCGACAGAAGUGUUUGGGAUUCAUUGAUCAGAAGGCAAAAUUCGAAUUUGAUCGUAUGUUUAGCAGACUGGAUCAUUCCUGGUCAUGGUCAACCUUUCAGAGUAUUACCACUUUAUAGGCAGCGAGCGGGAUGUACACGCUUGUUAGCAGAGAGAAAGAAAUUUGGUAAGAUGUAA